AUGUUUAACCAAUUUUUGAAUCAUAUCAGAAAAGUCGAUCAAUUUGGAGUAGUCUUCUAACCUAAAAUCAAAUACUCAACAAAUGAGUACAAGACUGCUGUGGGCGGGAUAAUGUCAAUCGUUCUUUAUGGGUUGAGUUUCAGCUAUUUGAUAUAUAGCUUUGUGUAGUUUGGCUAAGGGUCUAUUCUUCCAAAAAUUACAUCAAUCCAAGCGAAAUCAGACCAAUAGAGUGUAUCUUUCGAGAACGAAAUAAUGUCAUUCAAGAUCAGGCCUGGAUAAGACAAUUAAAUAAAUCCAUUCGAUCCAACGGCUCUAGUGCUUGUUCCAUUCGUGAUUCCAUUUUUAAACAAUGAGAUACCUCCAAGUUAAUAUUUCAACUUCGAAUAAAUUUCAUUCUAAGGAAAUACAAUAUCCAUUCGGAAUUUGAAUUUAUAAUAUGGGGAUCCCUCGUAAGAUGAGAUGGAACAAAUCAUUGCAUUCGUAGGAUGUAAACAAGCUGACAUACAACCACCUUUCGCAUGUGCAAAUGAGAGUGUCAGAAAUUCUUUUUUCGCUCAAUCUAGUAAUGCCAUGCUUGCAACUACUUAAGUAAAUUAAUUCAAUACGGAUAAAAGAACUUUGGAGGAGGUUGGCAAAGAGCAAGUCUUGGCAAUAGUCGACAAUUCAACAUAUUUUUAAACCACUAAUUUGAAUAUUUAAGAAUCAACAGUUGAUACGGGACUCUUAUUGGAGUCAACUGAAAAGUAUGUUUACGCUACAGAUUAUUAUUUGACUAGUUAGCAAAUAGAUCAAUAGUAUUUUAGAAAUACAUUUAAUUAUGAUGCCUAUUUAGUGUUUUAAUUGAGAAUUGGCAAAUUGAAAUACUAUUAGAGUAUUCAAUAUCCAAAAAUUAGUGAAAUUUUAGCAGAUGCAGGUUCUAUUGCUUCUACAAUUUUAUUAUUGUCUUAUUUUGUCAUUCUAUGUAAUCAGAGCCUUUUGGAGAAGCAAUCCUUGAAUGAUAUCAUUUAGAUCUAUUAUCCAUCCUAUAAGGACAUGUAGAUAAGAAGGACAUUUUAUGGUUAGAUAAAGGAGGUGACUUAUUAGGGGAAAAGGUAGGACGUAGACCAAUUCAAAUAGUAUUAGAAAGAGUUGUAGGAUAAAGCAGAGAAGAAAUUAACUAUUUUAAAUUAAGUGUAUGAGAUCUCAAGAUUAUAAUUUUUGGUUUAAAAUAUUUUGAAGUCGAAGGAGCAGUUAAGAUAGAGUCACAAAAUUGGGAUUAAGUUAAAGUAAUUUGAAUUACCCAAAUUGAUUAAUGAGGAGAACUUAAAUGGCAAUUAAAUUGUAUUUACAUCUUUUUAUUAGAUACCUCAUUCACAAUUGAAUUUGAAUUGUUCGACCUAAAAGUUGGUGAUAAUUGAUAGUAACAGUGAUUCAUUGUAGAAUCUUAAGAAACAACAGCAAUAGAAUACGAUUGAAGAAUCCGAUGAAAAUUAGUUAAACGAUGAAGACUUUGAUAUUUUGAUUCAACCUAAUGAAUUGGAAGAAUGA